UUUGUCCACGUACAAAUAUGUGUGCUGCACAUUAUUAUCUAACAGUGCGCUAAACACAGCGAGUGUCAUCAGUCGGAAUUGUGUUCUGACUGAUUUGCCUUGAAAGCCAGACUGUAAUUGGCUGUUCGUCCGAAUCUAUUAUUAGCAAAAAAAGUAUUUGAAUCCGUCUUCAUCAGCUGUAACAACAAACAGGAAAGUACACGAUUUUGUAAAGAUCACAUAAAAUUUUGGGAUAAAAAUAUCAUAUGACGUAUUGUAAAAAUUUGAUAUAAUAAAAAUUAAUCCGUUAUACUUUAUAAUUGAUAUGUCAACAUGAAUUCAACAUUAAUCAGAAAUAUUCACUCAUCAUUUUACACAGCACACAGAAGGUUAUCAACCACUUCGAUAAUUAAACAAAACCACAGUUGUAAAUUACUUGUGGUUGGAGGUGGAACUGGUGGUUGUGCUGUAGCAGCCAAAUUCGCCAAGAAAUUAAAGAAACAUGAACUUAUUGUCUUAGAUCCUAGUGAAUACCACUAUUAUCAACCACUAUUUACAUUAGUUGGUGCUGGGGUAGGCACAGUAGAGGAUGCAAGAAAAAAAGAAGUUGAUGUAUUGCCACAAAACUGUACAUGGCUAAAGGAUAGUGCCACAGAAUUCGAUUUAAAGAAAAAUGAAGUGAAAACUAGAAAAGGAGAUAGCAUUAAGUAUGAUUUCUUGCUUGUUGCUGUGGGACUGGAGCUUAGAUAUGAUAAGAUCCCAGGGUUGUUGGAAGCAUUGCAAGUUAAUGAUGGGGUAUGUUCCAAUUACUCCCCCAAAUAUGUGAAUCAGACAUACAAAGCUUUACAAAAAUUAAACAGUGGAAAUGCUAUAUUCACUUUCCCAAACUCACCUGUAAAGUGUCCAGGGGCUCCACAAAAAAUAUGUUAUCUUACUGACCAUUAUCUUAGAAAUCACAACUUGAGGGAUAAAGUAAAUAUCACCUACAACACCUCAUUGGGAGUGAUAUUUGGGGUAAAAAAAUACGCAGACGCAUUGUGGAAAAUAUGCGACGAAAGAAAUAUAAACGUAAAUCUGAGAACAAACUUAGUCUCAGUAGAUGCUCUGACUAAAGAAGCUGUAUUUGAAAACUUGGAUUCCAAGAAGAAACAUGUGAUGAAAUACAAUAUGCUUCAUGUAACACCACCAAUGUCAACGACAAAAGCAAUUCGCUCAAACAAAGAUUUAACCAACGAAACGGGAUUUGUAGAUGUAGAUAAGACUACAUUGCAACAUGUCAGAUUCCCAAAUGUAUUCGCCAUUGGAGACUGCUCUUCGACACCGAACUCGAAAACUGCUGCCGCAGCAGCCGCCCAAAGUAAUGUUGUUUUCACAAAUAUAAGCGAAGUUAUGAAUGGCAAAAGUUUGUUCAGAUCCUAUGACGGAUAUGCGUCUUGUCCGCUAGUCACAGGUUACAACACCUGUAUCUUGGCGGAAUUUGACUACAACUUGAAUCCUCUGGAAACAUUUCCGUUUAGUCAAGACCGUGAAUUACAAUCAAUGUAUAUUUUGAAGAAGACGUUUAUGCCUCCACUAUAUUGGAAUUUGAUGUUGAACGGGUAUUGGAAUGGACCAGCUACUUUCAGAAAAAUAAUGCAUCUUGGUUUGGGCAAAUAGAAACUAAACUAUAUAUUUUUAUUUAUAUAAAUAAUGUUUUAAUAUAUAAUUUUACCUUUUA